CAGAGUAACUUGUCAGCGUCGGAGUAGAAUCAACACAACCACAACGGGAAAAAAGAAAAGCGAAGAAAAGUUUUUUAAUUACACUUCAGCGAUAGAUAUUGAAGUGAGAAUAGCAAAAGCAAUUGAAAGUUUCUGCAGCGUUUCUCAUCAGAAAGGGCUCUAUUGCAAACAUCUUUUACUGGUCCGAAACUAGAAAAGUGCAAUAUUCAUUCUAGGAAAGGCUAAAACAAUUUCUAUUGGAACUCUCCAACGCAACGAAAGGGUCACUACAGCUAUUGAUUGAUUAGUCGACUUUGGCUUUAGCUGAAAAAUGAAACAAAAUACCACAACUCCUUCUCUCCCACCUCUCCGUGUUGAAGAAUUCAAGGAUCAUAACUCCUUGGAGUGUUCUCCCCGCUGUGUUAUCCCGCAAGAAACAUCAAGAUCACUGAAAGUUUCGCCACCGCAAUUAUCACCCGAGACACGGAGAGUAUGCAGUGGUUCCAUUGGUAGCAGCGCGAGUAGCAGCGUCUCGACGUAUAGUUCUUCAUCUUCGGCAUCAUCUCUCGGCUUCGGAACGUACGAUGAUCCCGAUGAUAUUGCACCAGAGACAAACACGAAUGAUGAGGGCGAUCCCAUAAUCUCGUUUGAGGCUCUCUCGCUUGAGACGCGACGGAUUGCAGUGAGCAUUGCUCCGACGUCACCUAUGGCUCUAAGCGCAGAGGACGAACGAACGCUAGGAAGGAUGAAACCAAAUCGACUUCAAAACUGCCAAUUAAGCCUCGAGGCUCUGUUUAAGGAAAGUGAUGGAGCAUCGAACCGAUCAACUCAAGAAAUGCUUCCCACGUUGUCAAUGAUUGCGCAACGAGAAAGGCAGCAGCAAGAAACAUGUAACACCGAUGAGCUCGCGGCAACCAAGGCAGCUCCUCGCGAUGGAUCAAUACUUCCUGAAGUAGGACAACGAAGAAGCAUUGUGAGCAAAAGAUACACUAUAAGAAAGAUUGUAGCCACAGGGCCUAGCAACUUCAGUUCUCUGCAUCCCCCACAUAAUUCCUCAAGAGCAUUGCGACCUAAGAGACAACGUGGAGGAUCCGACUUUUCUAUGCCCAUCGAAGGGAAUASUUCAUCAUCAAUAUCUCCCAGGGAUCGUCGGAAGAGACGACGUAUGAAUCGAAAUAGGGCAAUGGCAGCAGAUGAGUUCGAUUCGAUUCUUUCUCAAAUCAACACAACAGGGUCGCUGUAGCUUCGAUGGGGAUGUAGCAAUUCGGGGAACAAAGGAGUACUAUAUGUACCUACCAACUGUUCAACAGCAGGGAAGGUUGACAAAGGAAAAAUACUUUCUUCGUCACUUCCUCAGGGUUUCGUGAUGUUACAGGGGUCGUUUACUUUAAACGAGACAUAGACAUACAUAAAGCACAUACAAUUCAUAAACWUUUUCAAAUAGA